GCCACCCCGCGCACACACGUCGGACGAGCAGACCUCAAAGGGCUACGCACAUAUGGCUCCAUUCGAGCCGCCCAGGGCCUUACUGACUGGCUUCAAGGAGAAGAUUGACUGUCUCACCGUUCAAGGGGACCGGCUGUACGUCGGGACUGCGACGGGAACUCUAAACAUCUACGCUAUCGACGAAGAUAACGAUGCAGCAGAGAAACCAUUGACGCUAGUCGAGAGCAAGAAAGGGCUUGCCAAACGAGCCAUCGAACAGCUCGACCUCAUAAAGGACAUCAACUCCCUGGUUGUCCUGUCUGAGAUGACAGUGACACUGUACCCUUUACCUACCCUGGCGCCGCCGACUCCACUACUGAAAGCCAAAGCUGCAUUCUCGUUCGGCAUUCACACAUCAAUUGAACACCUGACUUCAGAUGCUACGACGGGAGAAUCGACAUCUGCCUCGAACAUUCCUACACUGGUGACUCAACUCGUUGUGGGAUGCCGUAGGAAAGUGGUGGUGUACACAUGGAAGGAUGGCGAGGCCCAGGAGACCAAGCUCCCCUGCCCCACUCUGCGCGUGUGAUUACGUUUUUGGACAAGGAUACAGCCUGCUUCGGUUAUUCGCCUACAGAAUAUGCGAUCUUCUCCUUGUCUGCAAUGAGUGUUGCGGACGUCACUCUACCGACUCCAUCUGUCGCUGCCGUGACGGGUAUGGCUGCUUUCUCUGGUCUGGGGUCGUACAUGACGCUGGGUCUCGGAGCAAAGCCGAAGCCAGGGGCAUUGCAUAUCAGCGAGACCGAAGUUCUGAUUCUCAAAGACAAUGAGGGUAUCUUCAUUGGACCCGAUGCAACACCGGCACGUUCUGGACCAUUGGAAUGGCCCGCCCCUCCAGAAGAGAUCGCCUAUGUGAAGCCCUACGUUUUCUCUGUCCUUCCUUCAGGCGCAAUCCCGCAAUCCCCCAAGACUGGGUCCGAGCCUGUAACGCCCACAACAGCGAUCCAGAUCAGUUCUUCAAUCUCUUUGCAACCCUCUCAAACCGUCUUCUUCCCAUUCACAAAGACCAAUACGCACGGGAAUGCGACUGUCCGGCUGUUAACACCUUCGCGAGCUGGGAAAUCGCCACUGUGGCUAGUGACCACUCCGACGGAUCGAACUACUGCUACCGCCGUAGGCAGUACAAUCUGGCGAAUGGACAUGAAAUCAUGGACAGCGCAGAUCGACGAGAUGGUUUCCGAGGGUCGAUACUCCGAUGCCCUGGCGCUGCUAGAUCUCAUUGAUGUCCCCGACAAGGCAAGUUGUCGGUCGUGCACUCCUGCUCUAAAAUCUCAAAUCUCAAUAGGAUGAAGUGAAGAAGCGAAUCCGCGGCUUGAAUGCUGUAUCUCAGUUCCGAAGCGGAGAUUUCGACAAGGCGAUCGACACAUUGAUCGAGCUGGAGAUCAAUCCUGCCAAAGUGGUCGCUUUAUAUCCAGAAACCGUCGCCGGUCGUCUGUCCGUCCCUCAAGAUGCUUGGAUUCCUUUGUAUGGUGGGCCGGCCGCGCCGGUCGAAGAAGUGCCUUCGGCGCCAUCGACACCGAGCAUCGAGGAACAAUCUCCAGCCUCAAAAGACGAACAACCGGCAGAAGGGAUCGAAAGCGUGAAUCUUCCAGCAUCAGGCACUAUUCGAGGUCGAUUGAAAGGGCUUGGUGCGUUUCUGCCUUCCCUGAAGGAUGAGGAUCAGAAAGCCAAGCACAAGCCCAAGCAAGCUGUGCACGAUAACAUGCCUAAAUCUAUUGAAACUCUGCUACGAUAUCUGUCUGAUCGACGACCCAAAGUCGCUGCGGCUCUGGCUGCGGUCGGUAUCACUCCAGCGAACCAGUCGCACGAGAUCGCCCCGUUGUCAGAGACGUCAUUGGAGGAUCUGUUCUCCCUACCCAAUGCACCGCUUUCAGCGCUCACUCCGGAACAAUUGCUGCGAUUCGCGCAGAUCGUUGACACGGCUCUGUUCAAAUCCUAUCUUGUUAUCAGGCCUGGGUUAUUGGGAUCCCUCUGUCGUGUUGCUAAUUGGUGCGAGGUGGCUGAGGUCGAAGAGGAGCUGAUGGCUCGCAAGAAAUAUGCAGAGUUGCGUGACUUGUAUAAUGGGAAGAAAAUGCACAAGAAAGCGCUUGAACUGCUAAGAACGCAAGUCUGUUCCUCCCGCAAUGCUGACACGCUGACGAGGAUCUAGCUUGAGCGAGCCGGAGACUGAUAUGGAGGACAAGCUCGCACCCUCGAUUCUUUAUCUGCAGAAGCUAGGACCCGACCAUUUGCAAGAGAUCUUUGAAUCAGGACGAUGGUUGUUCGAACAAGACCGUUCUAUGGCCUUCCAGAUAUUCACGUCAGAAGAUGUCGAACUGCCACGCUCAUCGGUCGCAGAUUAUUUGGAGGGAAUCGAUCCGCAGUUAUGUAUCCGCUAUCUGGAGUUUUUGAUCCAAGAACGACAAGAGGAAUCGACGCUAUUCCAUGACCGGCUCGCAGAGUUGUACUUGAAAACUACCCUCUCAGCCAGGAAGCGAAAUGAGAAAGACUGGUCACAACACUACGACAAGCUGCUCAAGUUCAUCGAAACCACCGACCGGUAUAGAAUAGACAGGCUGUAUUCACACCUGUCCUCUGAAGAUCUGUUCGAGGCUCGCGCGAUAUUGCUGGGCAGAUUCGGACGUCACGACCAGGCUCUGGAGCUCUAUGUGUACCGGUUGCAGGAUUUCCUGAAAGCAGAACAACAUUGCAUCCGAGCCUACGUUGCCGGGUCCGAUACUUCUAAUGUCUUCUUAACUCUACUGCGAAUAUACCUUCAACCCACCUCCAAGACAACAGCAGAUCUCCUACAGCCGGCGCUUGAGCUGAUUGCUCGACACAGCCAUCAAUUGGACUCGGUGGCGACUUUGCAGCUGCUCCCACCCUUGGUCACAACGCAGGACGUCCGGACUUUCCUCGUUGGUGCACUUCGGGCUCCCAUUUUCGAUACUCGGGUCGUGCGUAAUCUGAGCAAAGCUCGAGGUGACCAGGUCGACUGCAAGCUUAUGGCGCUGCAAACUCGACGCGUCAAAGUCACGGACAGUCGGAUAUGCCCGCAGUGCCAUAAACGUAUCGGCAACAGUUUCAUCGCUGUACAUUCUCCGCGCGGUGAGGUGACGCAUUACCAGUGCCGCGAAGCCUUUUCACGGAAGCUCAACGAGACGAGACGAUGGUGAUGUGCAUUCGGUCUGCUUCAUACCCGUGGCAUAAGCAAUCCGGACCAUGUUAGAUAAUUAUUUCACAAGCAUACAUAUUAGUAAUGACCUGGGUUGGAUUCGAAUCAUG